AUGAACACCAUCACCGAGGAGCCCGGCCAGCGUCCGUCCGAUUCUUCCCGCAGUGUUCGAGCCGACCAAAACUGUGUGUAUGCGCGAAACGGCCGUAGAGGUUUGUUAUAUGUUGUUGAAUAUAAAGCGGCCCAUAAGCUUCCAGACGCCUUUCUUCGAGCUGGUCUGAGACCGAUGAACGUCCUGGAGGAGGUAGUACGACGUGUUACAAUCCCAGUGGAUUCGGAAGAGAAGCUCCAAUACGAUGCUGAAUUGUUGUCAUGUGCCGCCGUGGCGCAACCGUAUGAGUAUAUGAUCUUGAGUGGCACCCCGGUGAGCCUUUUGGAUAAUGGGAGAAGCCAGGUGAUGCUUUGGGUUCACGAGGAUGAUCCAACGACUUUACGCUAUUGCCUGCUUAAUCCUAGUCGCGAUGCGGCACCUGAAACUGAUGAUGGCCUUGGUUUUCGAUACCCAUUUACUGCUGUUGGUAACCGGCUCGCCCUGACACUCCUAGCUCUCCGGCUCCCUCAACGCAGCCAGAUUUGGCGUAACAACGCUAUGAAUAACUUGCACAGAUGGGAUGUUGAUUUUGAGGACAUUCUUCGAUUAAUCCCUGAAUCGGAGAGGAAGCAGACUCCGCCGGGCUCAAUAUAUCGAGCGCCACGCUACCCUGUCAACCCCCGAUCGCCGUAUCUCCUACGGUCACGACGGCUGCCGGCAGGCUGCAAUGAUGUUGCGCUGUCUGGCAACCGUACAGAUCCAUCGGACUCGUCAGACGAGUCAAACGACAGACGGCCCUGUCUUCCUUCUUCGCCUAUGGAACAUCUGGGCCAACGGAGGAAACGACGACGUACAUCAAAUUCAAAGCCAUCUGGGGGCCAGCCCACUGAAUCCAGACCCCCAAAUCGCGCGUACUGUACUCAGACAUGUCUUCGUGGUCUGGCAAGCGGAUCGAUCCUCGAUCUCAAAUGUCCAAAUGCACGCUUGCACGGAGCUCGGUCAAGCGAUGGGGGGCAUCCCAUCUCACUGCUGAAACUUGUCAAGCUUGUCAGUCAGCAGCUUAACUCCGAUCCGGACAACCGCUGUAUACCUCUGUGGAAGGAGGGCCUCCAUGGAUCUCUCUUCGCUAUCACGCUUGAAGGGUAUGGCUAUACAUUUGUUGGCAAAGGCACCACAUACAGCUCUCACUUUGAGGGCGACGUAUAUCGGAAGUUGAAACACAUCCAGGGAUCCGCGGUUCCAGUUUAUCUUGGUGACAUUUACCUGAGCCAAAACGUGUUUUGCCUAGACCCGAAGCGCAUCAUAAUCCACAUGUCGUUGAUGGCAUACGGCGGAGUUAGGUUGGAGACGUCUGAUCGCAGCGACCUUCAGGAGCACAUCGCUCGUACAAAAACCCAGAUACAUGAGGCUGGCGUUGAUCAUCUGGACCAACGACCCGCAAACAUGUUGUGGAAUGAGGAGGUCCAGCGAGUCAUGUUUAUCGAUUUUGGUCGUGCGGUUAUCAACAACAAACGGAAAGUGUCGCCAGCAGCCGUGUCUCUCCCUUCACCGAAGAGAUUACGGCAACGCCAUACCCGCCGCGGCAUUGUUUGA